AUGGGUGGUGUCGGCGCAGUGGUGAAGGGGGGACUUCAAAAGCUCGCUUGCAAGCUCCGUGUGACGAGUUCGAAACCUAGAGGAAGCAAUGCGCAUUUCUUUGUAGUGGUCGACUCGUUGGUGCUCAAGAGUGUACAGCAAAGGAUCCAACUGCAAGCCACUGCCGCAAGUUUUGAUUUAACUCCCGAAAUCUACUGGGGACCUGGACUAGAGCUAGGACUGAUUGCAACACCAAAGAUGGGGCUAGAACCUAUGUUUAAAAACAAAAAAAACCCAAACCUCAAGCAUCAACAUGUCAUACUUGAAUGA